AUGCAGAAGCCGCAGGGACAGUCGCGCCGCAUCGUCAGACCUGAACUCAAGAGGCGACGUCCACCUUUGGCCUGUGUCCAGUGCUACAGCAGGAAGAUCAAGUGCGAUCGGGAAUCGCCAGCUUGCGGUGGGUGCGUCAGAAUUGGCAAAGGUCACGAAUGCAUCUACCGAAAUGCACCUUCGGAUGAUCACCGUCCUGUGCAGACCUGGCCCCGUCCCCGUCCACGUCCGUCGGCAAAGAUGCUAACGGACGAGGGGGCUUUGACCACCAGGCACGCUGCUUACCUCGCUCCGAGCGCAGUGGAGGGAGGAAUGGCGCAUUUGAAAGGUUCCGAAAUGUCCACCAAGUUUUAUGGGUUCAGCUAUCCUUUGAACUUGUACCAGCAGUUUCCCGAGCUCCGAUCCUACAUCGCCCAGAUCAAGUGCCAGAAUCCUACCAUCAACGAGCUACGGGAUGAGAUCUAUGGCAUAGCGAACAGUCUAAGACCACGAUAUCAGCAACACUCGAGCCAGGAAGGGAUUGUAGAACGUUUCGAGGCGCUUAUUCCCACACGCAACACCGCCGACAUGCUCGUUCAGACCUACAUCGACCGGUUCGAAGUCAUCCACCGUAUCAUCCACAUCCCGACCUUCAUGGCCGACUAUUGUGGCUACUGGGACAAGACCUGCCUAGUGUCGGCUGACUUUUUUGCGCAGCUCCUUCUCAUGAUGGCCACCGGAUCGAGCCUGCACCCCGAAGUGGCGUUCAAUGGAGUCCAACUGAAUCCAAGCCGGAGGUUUUGCUUGCGCUGGAUCGAUGCGGUCGAGUCAUGGUUGGUCCCGUCGACAUUCGAUCCGGCUUCGGAAUCAUCGUACACAUUGACCACGCAUACUCUGCUCGUGGUGGCCAAACGAGCCAACUCUGUCCACGAGAGCGCUUUGUGGUCGUCUACCGGGUCACUGGUCCGCAGGGCUAUGGCGGCAGGGUACCAUCGCGAAGUCGGCUCUGCCAUGCAUAUCUCGCUGUUUAAUCGGGAAAUGCGACGCCGCUUGUGGUCAACGGUCGCCGAGCUCGACCUGCAGGCUUCCAUCGAGCGAGGCAUGCCCCCGAGCCUUAGGACAAGUGAUUUUAAUGUGCACGCACCGCUCCACCUUGAGGACGAGGCAUUACGAGAUUCGAUCGACGGAAUGCCGCCCGCUCCUCAGCUGCUGGAUACUUGGAGUACCUGCUCUUGUCAGGUCCUUCUGUCUAGAACCUUCGUGGCUCGCCUUGAAAUUUGUUCUCUGAUCAACGGGUCGCAGGACCGGGAUGUUUCCGACGAGGUCCUGCAGUUAAGUGACACCUUGAUUCGAGCCCUUCAGGAGAUUCCAGCUUGGAGAGACACUGGCCGCAGUCCGCGCGACCAGCAGACCGUCACCUACGUGCGGAGUGCGGUGGCCGUCAUCCUUGACCAGUACCUGAUUGUGCUGCACGUCCCGAUGGCGAUCCAGAGCCCGCCAACAUGGAAGACCCACGUCUCUCGACUGGCCCGCCUCGAUGCCGCCACUGGAAUUCUCAUGCACCAUCGACGGCUGGUCGACGACGGCAUCUUAUCCGAAUGUGCGUAUCAGCAUGGACUGGUCUUGGGUGCUCUCAACUUGUGUCACGAGCUUUAUCUAAGUUGGACUAACUCUUCAGGAAUGUCGCACAUGUCGACGUUAACGUCGCCAGAGAUUGCCCAGGCUCACCUGGUGGUGGUUGAACGGGCGUUACAACUCCUCCACGGGCGUGUGUCGACGACCUUGGAAGGCCUGAAUGAAUUCUACGUCCUGGCCAUGGUCAUUGGACUCAUUAAGUCCAAGAUCUGUCCACAACUGACGACCACAGCUGAACACGUCGCAGCGCAACAGGUUAUUCAACUCUCCGAGGAGGUCAGGUCCGCCAUCCCGACCCUCUCCGCCGACGACGCUGAAGACGCGUCUGCGUUCAUGUGUACACAACCCGACCAGAGCAACCACGGGUUCGCCCCGGCGAGUCCUUCUGCCCAGGUUGACUAUAACUUUUCGAUGUUUCCGGACGAUCUGGGCUUUUUGCACGGCGAUUUUCUUCUCGAUGAGAUCCAGGUGUCUUGA